UUGUGGAUGUCUUUAUGUAUUUCAGAGGUGCUUCACCAGCGAGUGGCUGCUCUGGAGCAGGAGAGGGCCGAGUUCCUGAAACUCAAGCAGCAGCUAGAGGUGGAGUUCAACCAGAAGCGAGCCAAGUUCAAAGAGCUCUACCUGUCCAAGGAAGAGGAGCUGAAGAGGCAGACGGCUGCCCUGGAGUCUGCUCAGACCGAGCUGGGCUCUGUGCACACGCAGCUGUCUCAGGCCCGGGCUGAGAUCGAGACCAUCAAGGCAGUGGCUACCGUGUCAGAAAACACCAAACAGGAGGCCAUCGACCAAGUCCGCAGCCAAUGGCAGGAGGAGGUGGCCUCACUGCAGGCCAUCAUGAAAGACACUGUGUGUGAGUAUGAGGUCCAGUUCCACCAGCGCCUGGAGCAGGAGCGCGCCCAGUGGAACCAGUACCGUGAUGCUAUGGAGAGGGAGCUGGGAGACCUGAGGCGCCGGCUCUCUGAGGGGACGGAGGAGGAGAACCUGGAGGACGAGAUGAAGAAAGCUCAGGAGGAUGCAGAGAAGCUGCGCUCAGUGGUGAUGCCCAUGGAGCAGGAGAUAGCAGCCCUGAAGGCCAAGCUGACCUCAGCCGAGGACAGGGUGAAAGAGCUGGAGGCCUCCAAGGUUAAAGAGCUCAAUCACGUUCUGGAGGCUGAGAAGUCGUGCCGCACGGACCUGGAGAUGUACGUGGCUGUGCUGAACACUCAGAAAUCUGUCCUGCAGGAGGAUGCAGAGAAGCUGAGGAAAGAGCUUCACGAAGUCUGUCACAAGCUGGAGCUGGAGCGGCAGCAGCACAACCAGCUGAAGCACACGUGGCAGCGAGCCAACGACCAGUUCCUGGAGUCCCAGCGCCUCCUCAUGAGGGACAUGCAGAGAAUAGAGAGCGUGCUGUCCUCAGAGCAGCUCCGACAAGUGGAGGAGGUGAAGAAGAAAGACCAGGAGGAAGAUGAGAAAGAGAGGCUGAGCCAAGUGAAGGACCUGCAGGACGGGGACGGAGGAGACAGCACUGAGCCACUGGAGGACUUACUGCUUGGACUGAGUGUAGAGGAAAACAAUGCCAACCACAGCACCCAUGGCUCCAUGCACUCCCUGGACACUGAUGUGGCAGCAGGAGGGCCCAUGGAUCCCUACAAGGACAACCUGCGCCGCGUCCAGUCCACAGACAGCCUGGGCUCCACUCUGUCUGCCCAGCAGGGGCUGGGGGGUCACAACCAUAAGGCCAAGUCAGCCAGCAACUUGGAUGAGUCGGACUUUGGGCCCUUAGUGGGAGCCGACUGUGGGAACACAGACAAUAGUUUUGGAGAGACUUCGUCCAUCAGCUCCAUCAAGCUGACAGCGGGUCACUUCUUGUUGACUAAAGACCAGGAAAAGGCAAUCAAAGCCAUGACGCCGGAGCAGGAGGAGACGGCCUCCCUGCUCUCCAGCAUCUCCCACGCCCCGGACACAGCCUUCCUACCCCCGCCAGGCUACCGGCUGGUCAGCGACUCUGAGUGGAACCUCCUGCAGCAAGAGGUGAAAAAUGCUGGCAGGAAGCUCGGCCGACGCUGCGACAUGUGUUCCAACUACGAGAAACAGCUGCAGGCCAUCCAAGGACAGGAGGCCGACACACGGGAUCAGGUGAAGAAGCUGCAGGUCAUGCUCCGCCAGGCCAAUGAUGAGCUGGAGAGGACAAUGACAGAGAAACAGAAUCUGGAGGAGUCCGUUUCUGCCCUCAUGCAGAGGGUUCAGGAGUCAGAGGCGCUGCUCAGCACACUCCAGCAGGCCUUCAGCGAUGCUAAGAGGAACACACAGGAGCAAAUGGUGGUGCUGGUGAAGUCACGGGAGCAGGUGGCAGAUGAGCUGAGCCGACUCCAGAGAGACAACGACAGCCUGCAGGGGAAACACAGGCUGCACCUGGAGCUGCAGCAACAGGAGGACUUUCAGAUGCCCGGCACUGUGCAGGAGCUCCAGGGCCUGGUGUUGCAGGUGCGUGAGGACCUGGUGGCGCUGCGCACGUCUGCCGAUCACAUGGAGGAGAGGCUGAAGGCUGAGAUCCUGUUUCUGAAGGAGCAGAUCCAGGCGGAGCAGUGUCUGAAGGAGAACCUGGAGGACACUCUGCAGCUGGAGAUUGAGGGCUGUAAGGAGGAAAUAGCCUCUUUCUCCAGUCUGAAGACAGAGCUGGAGAGAAUAAAAGCAGAGAAGGAGCAGUUGCAGAGCAGCCUUUUGGAGAAGACUGAAACACUGCAGAGCCUUCAGGGCAUGAGGGUCAGGCUGGAGCAGCAGAUGAUCGAGCUGACCACGGCAAAGAGUACACUAGAAAGUCAGGUCCUGGAUGAAAGGGACAAAGCCCAGCGGCUGCAAACCGAGCUGGAUGUCAGUGAGCAGGUUCAGAAGGACUUUGUUAAACUCUCCCAGACGCUCCAGGUAAGCAGCCCUCCACCGCUCUGA